AUGUUUGAUGAGAACGAUAGCCUGUUCAUAAAUUGGGAUCGAGUACAGUAUCCAAAUGGAAAUGCAACCUACAUCCUUUAUCUUUCCAACUUCGUCGAACGCGUUGCUGGACCUCCUGUGCGAAUACCGCAAGUACCGUAUAAUGUUAAUGUGACUCUGCAAAUAUCAGCCGAAAACGAAUGGGGUGAAGGAGAAAAAUCUGUCUCCCAUCACGUUUCUGACGCCACAUGGAGGUUAUCAGGAUACACCAUCUAUUUCAAGAACGCCGAUCGUAGCGACAAUGAGCCGUGGGAUUACGUGGAAGUGCACGCCAACAUGUCCCGAUUUAGUAUCGGUCGACCCUUCGGAUUACUGCCAGACUGCCACUAUAAACUAAAAAUAUCGGCAACUAAUGAAAGACAUGAAGGACCCGCGUCAGAGGUAUCAUGGUUUGACACCAUUACGGGCGACGAUGAAGACCUGCCGGCUCCAGAGAACGUGACGGCUUACCUAAGGAACACAUCACUGAUUGUGCACGUGCCGUCGAAUCACGCCUACCGGAACUACAUAGUGUGUAUUCGACCGGAGUUCAGCGAUCAAUACUGGAAAUAUGAAGCCACUAAUGUGACAGAAACACAGGAAACCAUCGUCAUAGAGCACUUUCCUUUGGAUAAAAACGUCAACUAUCAAAUGAAGAUAUCAGGAGUGAAAUUCGGGCGCGAAAGCCGAUCAUCGCGUGAAUUCCCUCUACUGGUCGAUUUCGAGUUCGUGACAACAAUACCACCGGACCCGGAGCCAGAGGAAAUCACGCCAAAGACAACCGUGGAAGACAAACGACGAAUCCUCAAGGAACCCCCACUAUAG